CGGUGCAGCCCGCGUCCAUCUCCGCUCAACGUCUCUUAGAUUCUCACUGUCCAUCAACAUCGCUCCUGAGAUUGUCAGAGCCAAGAGUCUUUAUUGUCAGAGUCAUAGCCUCGAAGGAGGUCCUUCAAGUGCAUACAAUGGACUACUCCUAUUACACAACGCCUCAUCAGUCCUUCGCUCCGUUUGGGCUCUCAACGCCUCAGCCACCGAACACUCAAACAGAGAACUUCAGGGGCGCACCUCAUUCAGAUCACUUCAAUCCACCUCCUCCAUACGAUCCCUUUGCCGACUCCUUUCGCUUUGACCCGAAUACCCUGAUCGGGCCCGUUCCACCCCAUUCUCCGCCAGAUUCUUUCUCGAAGAAUUCAAGUACGAGCAACGAUUUUCCGGCGGAUCCUUCCCAGCAGACUUCCCCCGAGACGGGCGAAGACGCGAUCGGAGAACACAAUGCCGGCCGGAGUAGCAGUGAGGAGAAGGAGUCAUUGACUCCAGCUCAGAGUAGGAGAAAGGCGCAAAAUCGAGCCGCUCAACGAGCGUUUCGUGAGAGGAAAGAACGCCACGUCCGCGAACUGGAACAGAAGCUCAACGACCUAGAGCAAGCAUCCACCACCUUACAUGCGGAUAAUGAGCGUCUCAAGCGUGAACUGGCUAAAUACGCCACUGAAAAUGAGAUCCUACGUGCUACUGCCCACUCCGGUCUGGGCUCGAACAAUGGCCGUGGACCCCAAGAAGCCACGACUACUGGUCCGAUGCAGUUUUCCCCUACGGACUUCUACUCCAGUGUUCUAAAAGAAGGAGAGCCAAGUCCCGUCCACCGGAUAACCGUCAGUGAGGAGACGGGUGAGAGACUCUUGGAUGCUGGCGCCACCUGGGACCUGAUCCAGCAGCACGAAAUGUUUAAACGGGGUCUAGUGGACAUUGGUGUUGUCUGCGAGAGACUCAGGGGUGUCGCACGCUGCGAUGGUCAGGGUCCCGUCUUUGAAGAAUCUCGCAUACGGAAGGCCAUCGAGGAGAGUGUCGCAGGUGGCAGCGACGAAUUGAUCUGAAAAACAGCAUGGAGCUGGUCAUACAGGGGAGGAUUCCUCAUAUUUCCUUUUUUUUUUUACGCUCACAUAUCUUAUCCGGUGCUCGGGGCUUUUUUUCUUUCCUACUACU